UCUGCUGACCUCUGACCUCGGCGCCGAGGCUGCUGCUCGUCUCAUUACCAGCAGGUCAAUAUUGUCUCUGUGACGUCGGAGACGCUCGCGUUUAAAAGCUUCACGGACGGAGACGGACUCCUCAGAACCCAGAGGACCGUCUGAGGCGUCCCGUGUCCCUCAGAGUCCCCCAGAGCCCCCCAGAGCCCCGGUCCGGUCCGAGUCCAUCAGCACCAUGGUCAGCACCAGGCUGCUGCUCCUCAGCGCCUCCUUCUGGCUGCUGGUUGUUUCAGGGAGCAGCGAGGAGCUGAUGGAGGAGAGAUCAGCAGGAGAACACGCAGAGGAGGAGCUGAUCGAAGCUCUGCAGGAAGUUCUGGAGAAGUUAAAGAACAAACAGCUCCCGUCGUCGGAGAAGAAGCUCGGCUGGGUUCCUGCUUGUGAUGCAGGCGAGCAGUGUGCGGUGCGUAAAGGUUCGAGGAUCGGGAAGCUGUGCGGUUGUCCCGGAGGAACCGUCUGCAACUUCAACGUCCUCCAGUGUCUCUAGGGACUUCCUGUUGCUCUCUACUUCAAAAUAAAGGUGGC